GCUCUCCACUGUGCCUCUUCCGAAAUGAGGAGAUGAACCAAAAGAACGUACAGAGUAAUAUCUACUUCAAGGCACCUAUCGCCACCACCAACAACUGUACUCGCUUCCAUUUACAGGAAAUAAGACAACCCAAUCACUGCACCGCCCAUGAAUCCAGAACCAUUACGCUGCCCACAUGGUUCCCUGCACCCACCCCUCCCCUCCCUCCCGGCCCCCUUUCUGAUAGCAUAACACAUCCGGUGUAUAUUCAGGUCCUGGUGUUUGAUUUUCGAUUAGCCUAUAUAUCUCUUAGUGAUCAGAGCUUGUCCACCUUCUUGUUUAUUUCCUAUCUGCACUGUUCAUCUGAUGAUUCUUUGCUCCCCAAGUUUAUUCUUUCCCAUCCCGUAUUUCAAGCGUCAUCUCUCCCUCUGUGCUUCUGUCCUCCUCCAGCGUUGGCUCACAUGUUUCCUCUGGGCAGGCGGGUGGGAGCCUGCCUCCGCAAGCUCAUCAAAGCCAUGGCGUGCAAGGGAAACGGAGCAGAGGCCAGGAGUGUCCGCACGAACUUCAACUGGUUGUCGUCGUCCUCCGAAGCGGCCAUGGAGAUAUCCAGCCAGCUGAAGGAAGUGUUCCGGCUCAUCGACUCCAACGGCGACGGGAAGAUAUCUCCUCCGGAGCUCUGUGACUUGCUGCUGUGCAUGGGCCACGAGCGGGCCACGGCCGCGCAGGAGGCUGAGGUGAUGGUGCGAGAGGCAGACUGCAACGGGGAUGGCUUCAUUGACCUCGACGAGUUCAUGGAGGCCGUCGGCGGAGGAGGGAGCGGAAGCGGCGGCGAUAUGUCCGGUAGCAGAGAGGAGCUGAUGGAAGCCUUCCGGGUGUUCGACGUCGACGGGAACGGGUUCAUCUCCGCCGAGGAUCUAAGGAGGGUACUCGUCCGUUUGGGCCACGGCAAGUGCAGCCUCCGGGAGUGCCGGCUCAUGAUCAGAGGCGUCGAUAGGAACGGCGACGGCCUCGUGGACUUCGACGAGUUCUGGUCCAUGAUGACCGCCGGCGCAUGUUGGAAAGUGUGUAAUUGAUAUAGGAAAUUUGCAGCUACUAGUUUAGCAAGGCAAGUCGUAGCUAGAAGUCUACAAAAGAAAGGAUGAAAGGGAAGCAAGUCUUCUUUGAUGACUUGGUCAAUCCAGGUGUGUCCUCUUCUUCUUGUGUAUUUUAUGGGCUGGCGUUGCAAUCCAGAGAAAACAAGCAAGGAUAUGUCAGCAUCACUCACAAGGAGGUAGUCUGCUGCAAUCUAGUUUGUUCGA